AUGUCCCUCGACUUGGAAAAGCAUUUGACCUUUUAUGGGGCUUACCACCACAACACUGUCAACAUUGGCAUUCACAUGGCAUGUGUGCCCCUCAUCCUCUUUUCGGGAUUUUGUCUAGCCACCAACACAGGAACUCUCAUCCCGCUUCCUAGCUGGCUCACUGUCCCUAACCUAGAACUUAACCUGGGAACCUUGGCCGCUUUGACUUGGGGUGGUCUGUAUGUUCUCCUCGAGCCUGUUGCCGGCACUCUGCUGGCCGUCAUCUGCCUGGCCGCCACCGCUGCUGGCAACUCCUUCAGGCUCCAGAACCCUGCCUUGACGAAUCAGGCCGCCAUCGGUGUUCACAUCGCCUGCUGGAUUUUCCAGUUCAUCGGACAUGGCGCCUUCGAGGGACGUGCACCGGCUCUGCUGGACAACCUGGUCCAGGCUGUAUUCCUUGCGCCUCUCUUCGUCUGGCUCGAGUUUCUCUUCAAGCUCGGCUACCGACAGGAGCUCAAGGGCCGUGUCGACAAGGCCGUCGAGAAGGAAAUCGCCAAGUUCAGGGCCUCCAAGGCGAAUGGUGACGCCAAAAACGGCAAAGCCCAAUAA